AAAAACCGUAUCCUCGAGGCAGGCGUUACCCCCCAGUACCGAGCACCGACUUCCAGUGAUAAAAAAAAACAUCGUUGUUUCAUGUAAACGAAUGAUAAGUAUUUUUCACAAUUAUCUCAAUUCUAUCUCGCGCGUGAGCCCAACGAAUUCAACUGAAACUCCGUCGUGCUUCCGGUGAUUGGAUUUCGAUGUGAAAUUUUGUGGAGUGUUUGUACCAAAAAACGAGAGAAAAUGGCCAUCCUGGUGCGAUGAACGCCAGUACCUGGGAGCGUGCCAUUGCAGUUCUAGGGAAGCUCCUCCCGCCCCAAGAAAUGGCAGAGUACAUGGAAGAACUUAUGCAGCUGAACAAACCAAAAGUCAAAUGGGAUUUUAAUUUGUCUGAGGCUUUAACAGCCUACAUGGAUUCAGUGGAAGGUCGCCCAUUGAACUACAGUGAAACAGCCCUCGUAAUUCAGAACUCAGCGCACGUUUUCGAGACGAGAGUAGAAAAAUUGUACAACGAAACGUGUGGACUGUGGAAGACUCUCGCUGAUCAUGAAGCGGAGCACGAAGCGGCGGCAAAGGCCUCCAGACCCCAUCACAGAUCUCACCGAAAAGUCCUCGACCUCGACAAGAUCGAGCGAUUCGACUAUUCCAAGGAAACAACGAAGAACUGUUUCCUGAAAGCCAAAAGAUCCCAAAAGAAAAUCAAACUCCUGAGUCAGAGGUAUCCCCAGCUGGAGAACAUGUGCAGGCAGAAGUUCGCCCUCAACGUCAUCGACACUCAGGGCGAGAAAAUGGGAAAGAAAUACGAUUUCCGGUGUAAUCAGCAGUUGACAUCGUCCCUUAUGCUGGUGGACGAGCUCAGCCCAGACGACAUUCAGGAGCCCCCAGCCGAUCUCCCUGAGACAUCAUUUCACCGAGACUCCAUUCCGAGUUGUUCGACCCCAUAUUCACCAUCUUCAGGUCCUUCUAGCUUUUCUCCACAGUUCCAAGAGCUCCCCCUGUCUCUUCCCAGCGACAUAACUUCAAAAUCACCAUCAAAAGUUGCCUCUCCCACGUCGUUCCAGGCCCAACAAGACUCCCAGGACACGUCAGACUUCGAAACAAAUGACUUCUGCGACUCCCAGGAUCCAGAGGCUCUAGAUCAAACCCAGGAAUCCGGUUACUGCACGUUCACAGACCUGUCCACAUGUGAAAACAGCCAAAUUCCAAGGUCACCUGGAAGACACGAAACUCAAUCCCCAGAUGUGUCUCCACCAUCGCCAGAAAUCUUUCAGAAUUCUGUGGGUCUUGAAACACCUCCAGAGAACUCCUCCCCACUUCCCCUGACCCCAAAAUCCUCCCAAGACUCGAACUCCCCGAGGAAGAGGAAUCGAGAAUCAGUGGAGACAGACGCUGGAUACACAUCUGGAGGUCCUGACGAAUUCCCAAAAUCCCCACAGCCAACGAGACGCAGCAAAAGAAUAAGAAAAUCACUCGUGAAGACGUCGAGUGAAGAGUACAAAGCUAUUCCAUUCGAAGCUCCCAUUCCUCAGAAGUCAGUGAAGAAGAGGAGAACGUUCAAGCUGCCCUGUGAUCCAUCCCUCCUGCGAUCUGAGAGGCCCAGGAAGAGGAAGAGACACGGACCGAGUGUUCAGGACGAUAGACUCAAGAAGCAUCUUAUGAAUGAUAAAAAGAAAUUGCUCAUGUGUUCGCCAUUCAGAUCUCUGUGUGAUCAUUACAGUGAAGGACAAGAGAAUCAGAGAAUUGUUGAGGAGAACUUGAAAAUUCUGAGUGUCUCGCAGUUCGAGGCUGUUCUGGGGGUAAAUGACGACCUGAGGGGCUUUUCCCUGAAGGGUAAGACUGGUGAUCUGACCACUAGCAUGUGUCUAGAGGUGGCUGGAGAUGGAAAAGAGGAGAUGAGUCUGAAUCUGCAGACAGAUGUGGAUCAUCGGUUGCAGGAACUGCAGGAGACCUCUUGCUCGUACACGCCACCACAUUCUCCGGUGUUUUCUGGAGUUCUUGAUGUUGGGGCUGAUGGGGAUGAGGAUUGCGGGGUGCCUGGGGCAUCGGGGCUGACUCAUCAGCAGAGAAUUGAGCGGAGGAUGAGGGAGAUAAGGAAGGAAUUCGAUGCCAGGCAUGACAGGGAGGAGGAGACUGCCAGGUGGCAGGAUAUGGUGGAGACACUGAGAUCGGCGGAGAGGAGGCCUGUGUUUGAUGUUCGGGAGUACGAGGAGAAGAUUGUCAGGGGACUAGAGGGAGGGUCUGGUGGUGGGGUGGAUUUCCAGGAGCUCGCCUGGAGGGAACAACCAGAGGAUAUUGCUAGGCUGUUUGUGGCUUCUCUGCAUUUGGCAAGUACUUACACCGUAGAUAUGGUCGCCGGUGCGGAUGAGUCGAACGUACGCUUGAACUUGUUGAAACUGGACGAAUCCGAUAAGAGUUAGGCAUCACAUCCCUUGAAUUGUCGUACUUUGAAGCUUUCUUUGUAUUAUUAAGCUUUUAUCACUCUCAAUAUUCAUCGAUAUACCGGUUAAUAAGCUCUGUCAGGAGUUCCU